GAAGGAGCAAGUUUUAAAGUUAUACCUGUGGAGGUGUUUGAGGUGGGGUUGGACAGGUGGGCUGCCUUUCCUGCUCGGAUAGAAACAUUUCCGCUGGUGGACAGCAGUGAUGUCCCAAUUUUAACUACAUACUGAACCCCCCUCCCAUCAUGGACUCCAAAAAGCCGGGCAUGCUUCGGCAUCUCCGCCAGAAGAUGCUGCCAAAACUCUUGAGGGGCAAGACAAACACAAGCAAGGCGGGCGUCCAUAUGGAACACAUCUUGGACCAGCGGAUGAGCUCCUCCGUCCCUGAUAUCAGGCAGGAGUGCUUGCGCAUCCCCCACGGCUCAGUGCACCAGCAGUACAACACUCCCAGCUACAGCAACCCUUCCACACCGCUUCUCAAACCUGCAAGAGGACUAGGAGGAAGUGGGAGUGGCCUGAAGCUGGGAGUAGCAGGUGGAGCAGCUGGGAGGAGUGAACUUACAUUAAAUGUGCCAGCAGAUUGCACAGACUGGGCUUCCUCUCAGGAGUCUUUCAGCAGCUUCUGUCAGGAGGAGCAGGGUUCCCCGGAGUCAAUCUACAGACCUGCUAGAGGCAUGGAGCCUGAGGAGCUGGACCUGCCAGAGAUGAUGACUGUCUACAGCCCAGACCUUCCCUCUUUGGAGGUCUCCCAGGACAGCCCACAGUCUGACAUGGGCAACGAGACAACGAGUGUGUCGGAGAGUGUCAAGGAUCCUCCCAGGUCCUACCUGCUCACCAUCAACCUGAAGGAAGGACACAACCUGGUGAUCAGGGACCGCUGUGGUACCAGCGACCCUUACGUGAAAUUCAAAAUGGACGGUAAAACCUUCUACAAAAGCAAAGUGAUUUAUAAAAACCUCAACCCCACAUGGAAUGAGAGCUUCUCUUUACCCGUGAAGGAUCUGAACCAGAAACUGUUCAUCAAGGUGUAUGACCGUGAUUUGACUACUGAUGACUUCAUGGGCUCUGCCAGCGUCACCCUGAGUGAACUGGGGACCGACAAGGUCAAUGAGCUGUCGUUGCCUUUAGACGACCCGAACAGCCUGGAGGACGACAUGGGCGUCGUGCUCGUGGACAUGAGUCUGUCCCUCAGAGAUGGAGACAGCAAAAGAAGCAACCGGUGGCCCCAAAAAAGAAAACGAAGUAUUAGGGCGGGAGGUUCUCCUCAGAGCCUUCGUCUGUCGCAGACAUUGAGGAAGAGUCAGUUGUGGACCUCUGUUGUGUCAGUGACUCUGGUGGAAGGUCGAGAGGUGCCGCUGGACUCUCAGGGAGGUCAGCUCUUUGUUCGCUUCAGACUGGGAGAGCAGAGAUACAAAAGCAAGAAUCAAUGCAAAGUGGCCAACCCUCAGUGGAGAGAGAGGUUCACCUUUAGCCAGUUCCCGGACAGUCCUAACAUCAUGGAGGUGGAGCUCUUCUCCAAGGAGGGAAGAAGGAACGAGGAUUCUUUGGGAAAGUGUGAGGUGGACCUGUCCAGGAUCCCUAUCAGUAAGAGGCAUCUGUUCACACUCACCCUGGACCAGGGUAGAGGACGCCUAGUCUUCCUGGUUACAAUCACCACAUGUAGUGGCGUCUCCAUCUCUGACCUCUUCGCCGCACCGCUUGAUGAACCACAGGAACGACAGAACCAGCUGGAUAACUAUAGCUUGAAAAAGUCCCUGAAAAGCUUCCAUGACGUUGGUUUCCUUCAAGUCAAAGUGAUCAAGGCCACAGAUCUGCUGGCUGCUGAUUUAAAUGGAAAGAGCGAUCCCUUCUGCGUGCUGGAACUGGGGAACGACAGGCUGCAGACCCACACCGUCUACAAGAGCCUCAACCCAGAGUGGAAUCAAGUCUUCACAUUACCUGUCAAAGACAUUCACGAUGUUCUGGUGGUGACCAUCUUUGAUGACGAUGGAGACAAGGCGCCAGACUUCCUGGGCAAGGUUGCCAUUUCCCUGCUCUCGAUCCGCAGGGGACAACAGAUCGUCUUCCCGCUGAAAAAAGAGGACUUAGGCGGGCUGUCGAAGGGGAGCAUCACUCUGGAGCUGGAGGUUAUUUUUAACCCUGUCAGAGCAAGUAUACGAACCUUUCAGCCUAGAGAGAGAAGAUUCCAGGAGGAUAAUCCCAAAUUCUCCAAAAAGGUUCUGGCCAGGAACGUGCUGCGUGUUCAGACCAUCUACAGGGCCAUCAUGUGCACUCUGCAGUACAUCAAAAGCUGCUUCCAGUGGGAGAGCGUUCAGAGGAGCCUGCUAGCCUUCCUGGUGUUUGUUGUGACAGUGUGGUACUGGGAGUUUUACAUGCUGCCCCUCUUCCUGGUCCUGCUCAUCUCGUGGAACUACCUCCAGAUCCGCUCCGGUCGGGUCAGUCAGGACGUGGACAAUAUGGAUUUUGGAGAGGAAGACGAUGAUGAUGAGAAGGAGUCGGAGAGGAGAGGGCUGAUGGAGAAAAUCCACAUGGUGCAAGAAACCAUCAUCACCCUUCAAAACCUGCUGGAUGAGAUCGCCUGCUUUGGGGAGAGGAUUAAAAACACUUUUAACUGGUCUGUGCCGUUCCUGUCUGGCCUGGCUUUCCUGGUCUUUGUCAUUGCAACAAUCCUCACAUACUACAUACCAACACGCUACAUAGUUUUAAUAUGGGGCAUCAAUAAAUUCACCAAGAAAUUACGGAACCCAUACAGCAUUGACAACAAUGAAGUGCUUGAUUUCCUGACGAGGGUGCCUUCAGAUGUGCAGAAGGUUCAGUACAGUGAGAUGAGAGGCAGCAAGAAGAAGAAGAUCUCGUAGGGACCAGAGAGGGAGGACAGUACAGAAAUGGGAACCCGAUGCUGCUGUUUGUGCGCUUUCUACCCGAUAGCUGUUUCCAGAUGACGUGGACACUGCUUGGAAGACUGCAGAGUCUCACUUUUUGUCGGUAGUGGGGCGCGCGGUAGGUGUGAAUCUUAAUCCACUGUGGUGAUAGCAGCUCGGGCCCGCUCUUAUCCACCUGCACCUAAAGACUUUCCAACCAAAGAGGUCCACACUGAAGAUCAUGCAGUUACUUUACCAUGUUUAUGCAUUUCUGGACCAAUUUGUAAUAAUAUUUCUAAUGUUCAUAUUUGUUUUGUUGUAUGUACAGUUUAUUCUCUCAGAUUAUAAAUUUAAAAGCUGCUUAUUUUAUACCCCAGACCCCAAGUUGUUUCCUGCUGAAAGUGUUUUACAAUUGAAAGCAGCAGUUUAUAUUUUGUUGAAUGUACAUGUCCAGAAUGUAACACUUGUGUGCAUACUUUAACAUAAUUAACAAUGGUAGAUAUGAAGACUUUUAUCCUAACGUUGACUAUCUUCCAUUGGAGAGAAAUAACACAACAAUUAUGAGUGUCUGAUAAAAAGUCAUCAUGAAGUGUUUCCUUGAAAAAAAAAAAAAGUCUUUUAUGGUUUUAAUGAUUUUCAGGUAACAACUACUUUUCCAUAAUGCACAUAAAGUGUGUUUUGGAUCCAGUCUUUCAUAUAAACAGCAAAAUUCCAAAGUGAGUUGCAAAUAUUAUGCAUCAUAUUCAAGUUUUCAAGAGCUAUGUGCAUAUAAUACUGACUUAUUUUAAUUUGUCAUGAUAAUAUGGAUUUACUUUUAUAUGUAAAGAUGAGUGCCUGUGUUUAAUCUUAGAUGUUCAUUCAUCCCACAUAGAAGAUGCAGUUUCCUUUACAGUAUGUUUUAUUUUAUCUUUUGCUUGUGAGUGGGAUGGGGCCAGAUCUGUACACACUGAACUUUAUUUAUUAAUGACAAUCACUGAUGAAGACUUUCUGUCUCUCACUUGUAAUGGCAAUAAAUGCACACAAUCUCA